AGUAUUGAAUGAAAUGUCUGUUUUCCGUAUUAAAUGCUAGAUAAGAACUUGCAAAAAAUAAUAGCCAAAAUUUUGUAUAUAAGGCCAUGUGUGAUCGGCCAUAUUUUACAUAACAACUCCUCAACCAUCUCUUCUAUAUAUGGUUGAAUUGAAGGGUUGUGGCAUUAAAUACAUAAGAGAUCGAUGGCUCUAUCUGGAAAGUUAAUUGGUUAUGUAGAGAUCAGUAAGAAGGGAGAUGUAUUCCAUGAUCUCUUCAGGCACAACCCCCAUGAGAUAGUUGCAAUAGCCCCUAAUAAGGUUCAUGACUGUGAACUGCAUGAUGGAGAAAGGGGAGCCGUUGGAUCUAUCAUCUCUUGGCACUACACUCAUGAGGGAAAAAGAAGGAUUUGUAAACAGAUAAUUGAAGCAGUGAAUGAGGAAAACCACAUGGCUGUGUUUAAGGUAAUCGGAGGAGAUUUGGUGGAGGAGCUAUACAAGAGCUUUACAAUCAUAUUGCAUGUUGAACAAAAGGGUGAUGGACAGGUGGCUACUUGGACCUUUGAGUUUGAGAAGCCUAAUAUGGUGAAUAAGGAGAGAAACAUGCCCGGCGGUGUAGUAUUAUAUGCAAGAAUCUCUUUGAAUGGUGGUGGCGGUAUACUCCGGCAAGAAGGUGGGAAAUGGAGAGGAAGAGGGAAAACACAGAAGUUGAUCAGGGAAGAAAGUGAAGAUGCGGAUCGCCAACAUAAGCCUUUAGCGGCGACACCUUUAGCGGCGACAGACACUUUUAGCGGCGACAAAAAACGCGUUUGUUUGAUGUCGCUGCUAAAAGUGACUGUCGCUGCUAAAGGUGUCGCCGCUAUUGCCAGUUAUUCUUGUAGUGAAACUCAUCGAACUCUCUCUUGUAAACAAGUAGCUUAG